AAUCUCUCCACACACACACGCACACACUAUACCCGUACCUAUUUCCGGCGUUACGAGCUCGACAUUCAGUCCCCUGUAUUCUGUGCCUCAGCGAUGUCUGGAAUCGAUCGGUCAAUCGGCGGGGUUGCUGGAGAACUUGGCCGGUUUGGAUUGGCGAAAUAUGGGGAGAACGGACAUACUCAAGAUCAACAAGCUCGGCGCACCCCAUAUGUGCUGAACUACGGAGUAUACAUCAUAUACAUCAUCGCCACUGCUAUUCUCAAACCCGCCAAACAUACUCAAUGACGCAAUAGGAACAGC